GCGCGGCGCCGCGGCCGCCGGCCGGGGUUCGCCAUGGCGUCGGGGGGCGCCGCCGCCCGCGCCGCCGAGGAGCCGCCGCAGCCCGAGCCGCCUGCCGAGCAGAAGCCGCCGGCGCCGCCGCCGCCGCCCGCGCAGGAGGAGUUCUCCUUCCUGCCGCUCGUCCACGACAUCAUCAAAUGCAUGGACAAGGACAGCCAGGAUGUUCAUCAGGUGCUGAAUGAGCUCAAGAACAAGUUCCAGGAGAUGAGGAAGCUGAUCAGCUCCAUGCCCGGCAUUGGUGUGAGCCCAGAGCAGCAGCAGCAGCAGCUGCAGAACCUGCGGGAGCAGGUACGGACCAAAAAUGAACUGCUGCAGAAGUACAAGAGCCUUUGCAUGUUUGAAAUCCCCAAGGAGUAGGAAGGGCGCAGCUCUGCUCUCCAGGUCUGAGAUACCUCCUCUCCUGGGUGACCAGGAGAGAAAAAGGUGGCAGAAGUUUACUUUUCUUUCUUUUAUGCUUUUUUGGUGACGUUGCUCUGAAGUUGUGUCUGUGUGGAUCACAGGCGUGUGACACUGAACCAGAACACUGUGUGCUUCACAUAUGAUGAUUACAGCGGUACAUUCACUUCGAUCUGCUGUAGGACUGUGCAUUUAUAUAUGCAUCUCUUCUGUUUUCUCUUGGGGUGGGGUGGUUGGGUUUUUUUACAUUCAAGCAAGCAGGAGACAUUAUGUUUUCUCAUUGCUAAGGGUCAAAGUACCAGCUGGUUAACUUCAACAAGAGAAAGGGGGCAUUUUCUGCAAUUUUUUUUCACUUAAAAGUGGUCAAACGUCAGAAGGGAGCAUAAGAGGGAAGCGUGAGCUGUUUGGCCCUGCUCCUGGAAAGGGUCUCUGGGGCACUUUCCAGUCUCUGUGUGUCAGAAGAGGAGUGAUUGCUUUCAAUUACUUCUGUAUUUCUCUUUCUCUCUUUUUAAACAAAUGAUGGUUGUGUCUGAGAUGCGUCAAGUAAAGAUUUAGAAAUUCCAAACUCCCUCGUGUGUAUUCGCUGAGUGGAUGUGGGCUGAGCAGGGACAGUACUUGGGCUGCACAGAAGACCUGCGUAGCCUGGGCCCAGCUCCUCUGUCUUUACAUCACCUUUUUGGAAGCAGGGAGGGCAAAGCAGAGACUGCCAGGGGAGCGGAUUUCAGUGGGCUUUGGGUGCGUGAAUCUCCUUGGGCAAGUGCAGCUUGUAGGCAGUACAUUGGGCAUCUUGCUCUUAAAACAGAAUCAAAACAAAGGGCAUAAAUGACAAGAGCUUUUGGUUAUCCCAUGCAUGACGGAAGUCAGGCUCAACGGGAUGGGUCAGUUCCACAUCCGAAGUGCUCUGGAGGCUUCCCACAAACACAAACAUUUGAGCAGCCUGAACAUUUCCCAGCGGCUGAUGAAAAGCUCUUGAAUGUUGUACAGCAUUCAGAUGGAUCCCGGGGCUCGCUGCCCUCUGUCCUGCUGGUAGCUGUUACGGUGCCUGAUGACAUCCUGGUAAGCAGCACCACAACUCCCCGACUGACAAACAUGUGACGGGACCUUGAAUCUCACGGUUCUCUGAAUUAUGCUGAAAGAUGGUGCAGGUCAGUAGUGGAAGAGGUGAAAAACCAGCUAGUGGAAUACAACAUCCAUUGAGAACCAGCAUCCAAGGGCAGGUAGCACUUGUGCCUUCAAAAGAAGAGAAGCAAGCUCUGUCUGGGUAGGAUUUUCCUUUCCUAAACCAAGAGGCAAGUAAUUCUGCUCACUGGGAGCUGGGAUGGUUGCAACUCACCUGUAGCCUAGAGAUUACUCUAUCCCCGCUGGAAUACUUUACUGGUACUUUCUUUGGGAAGGUGCCAGUGUGUAAACACUGAGUAAAGCAGAACACCAAGAUAAACAAAGCACAAUGUACACUCUUUAUUACUGAAAUUACCUUUCUGCCAGCCAUUGCCUGUCCCAGUUCAAUAAAUUCUUGUGUCUCAUGCCCGGACAGUGGUUUCCCUUUUUUUUGCCAGUUGCUGUUCCUGUGAAAUCAGGGCAUAUGCGGAGCUGGAAGAAACAACGUGUUUCCAAAUAAACGUCUGGCGUUUAGUGCAGGAACAAGUUAACUCUGUCAGCUUGAAUCCAAGUUUCAAACGAAACUGAAGCUGUUUGGUUUGCAGUCUCACCCACCCUAGUUUUGUGGUUUUAAUAGAUUUUUUUUUUCUGUUAAUAUGUAUUAAAUAUAGGUUUGUUCUGCUUCUUGGGGAGGGAACGGGGGCUGAAAAUGAACUGAAACAGAAGCUGGACCCAGGGAGAGCUGUUCUUUGAAGAGCUUUCCCCUUUCACUUCUAGCAACCAUUACUGCAACUUGUUAUUAGCGAGAGAUUAAAAACCAUCAGAUGCAAAGGUGACCUUUCGAGCAAAGUACUUCCUUUACUCAUAUUGCAAAAUAAAAACAAUAUCCCAGACGGGGUGCAAAUGAA